AUGAUAUAAUUUCACGAAAAUACCUUCAAGAAAGCGAUAUAUUUAAAGGAAUAUGAGUCAUAAAAAGCUUCCAUUAAUUAUUUUACCAACACUAUAAAUUAUAUCAAACUUUAAAGAUUAAUCAAAUAAUAAUAUUUUCAAAGGCUAAUUCAAACAGACCGACUCCUACAAAAUUUCUUUAAAAAGAAAAAAUAAUAAAAAAUUCAAAUUGGGACAUAUUUAAAACACUAUUUUUAAGUCAAUAAGAAAGUUAAAAUAAAAUAUAUAAGCAACGAAAAUACUUAAUAAUACUUUUUAAGCAAUAUUUUGAAAAAUAAAUUAGAAAUAAACGAUCAUGAGGCCAAGUAAAACGCUGUUGAUAAUAGUAUUUAUUUGAAUAAUAGUAUAAUAUAAAAAUUAUUUAUAGUUGAUGCAUUAGAUUAAAUGCAAAGAUGUGAGGAAGCAACAAAUUUGGAAGAUUAAAAUCCUGAAGAUUAUCAUAAAGAAGGUAUACUUUUUUGAAUAAUCUAUCUCUUUUUAGCUAUUGCUUUAUAUAAGCUGAAAAGGUUUUAGGAUGCAUUAGACUAUUUUGAUUUAGCGAUUUAAAAAUAUCCAAAAUUUUCAGACCACUAUUAUGGCAAAGGUAAAUUUGAAAAUACAUACCUUUGUAGCGGAAACAUUACAAAAAAUGCUAAAAUUUGAAGAUGCAUUGAAACAUUACAAUCAAGCUAUUCAUUUAAACCCUAAUAAAUCAGGAUACUAUAAUAGCAAAGGUAGAAAGUAAAAUGCAUAUCUGUAGCUAUGACUUUAAGGCUGAUGAAUAGAUUUGAAGAAGCUUUGCUAAUUUAUGAUUAAGCUAUUAAUAAAAAUCCUGAUAUAUCAGAAUAUUAUUAUAAUAAAGGUUAAUAUAAAAUGCAUAAUUGUCUAGCUGUGACUUUAAGAGUAAUGAAUAGAUUUAAUCAAUCAUUGGAAUAUUAUGAUUUAGCUAUACAAAACAACCCAAAAAUUUCUGAUUAUUAUAAUGGCAAAGGUACUAAUAAACCAUGGAUUAUUGUGUAGCAAUAACUUUAAGACAACUAAAUGUAUAUGAAAAAGCAUUGGAUAAUCAUGAUUUAGCUAUAAAAAUAAACCCAGAAAACUCAGAAUUUUAUAGGAGCAAAGGUAAAAAUUAAAAUGAUAUUUUGAAGCAAUAACAUUAGAAAAAAUCAGCAUGUAUGAAGAAGCAUUGGAAUUUUAUGAUCUAGCUAUACAGAAAAACCCAGAAGACUCAGAUUAUUAUAAUGGCAGAGGUAAACAUUUAAUAAUAUAUUGUGAAGCAUAAACUUUAAGGCAAAUGAAUAGAUAUUAGGAAGCAUUAAAAUGUUAUGAUUAAGCAAUACAAAAAAACCCUGAAAAUUCAGAUUAUUAUAACAGCAAAGGUUUAUUCAUAAUAUAGAUUAUUAUAUAGCAAUAACCUUAAGACUAUUGAGAAGGAAUAAGGAAGCAUUGGAAUUUCAUAAUUUAGCUAUAGAAAAAAAUUCAGAAAAUUCAGAGUAUUAUAAUGGCAAAGGUAGAAGUAUAAUGUGAGGUUUUUAAGCAACAACUUUAAGGAUGAUGAAUAGAUGUGGAGAAGCUUUGGAAUACUUUGAUUUCGCUAUUCAGAAAAACCCAGAAAAUGCAACAUAUUACUAUCACAAAGGUAUUUUGAUAAUUGCAUACUGAUAGCUGAUACUCUAGAUAUAAUGAAUAGAUCUGAACAAGCAUUGGAAUAUUAUGAUUUAGCAAUAUAGAGAAAUCCUGAAGAUUCUGAUUUUUAUAAUGGGAAAGGUAAAAGUAAGUUGAAUUUGUAUAGCAAUUUCUUUAAGUCAAAUGUGCAGAUAUUAAGAGGCUUUAUUCUAUUAUGACUUAGCUAUUUAAAAAAACAUUUAAAAAGCAGAAUAUUGUAAUAACAAAGGUAGAUAGUAACGUUAAUUUUUGUGUAGCAUUAACUUUAAGAAAAAUGAAUAGAUAUUAAGAGGCUUUAGCAUGUUUGAAUUAUGCAACUCAACAAAAUCCUGAAAAUUCAACUUAUUACUAUCACAUAGGUAUUUUGAUAAUUACAUAAGCUAGCUGAUAUUCUAGAUAUAAUGAAUAGAUAUGAACAAGCAUUGGAAUAUUAUGAUUUAGCUAUAGAGAAAAACCCUGAAGAUUCUGAUUUUUAUAAUGGAAAAGGUAAAAAGUAAAUUGAAGUUAUGUAGGAUUAACAUUAAGGAAUAUGAACAAAUAUGAAGAAGCAUUAGAAUGCUUUAAUUAAGCAAUAAUAAAAAAUCCUGAAAAAGAAAUUUCUUAUUAUAACAAAGGUAUCAUAAUUGAAAACUGAUAGCAAUUGUUUUAUAAUAAAUGAAUAGAUCUGAAUAAGCUUUGGAAUAUUAUGAUUUAGCUAUAUAGAAAAACCCUGAAGAUUCUGAUUUUUAUAAUGGCAAAGGUACAAAGUAAAUAACAUUAUGUAUAGCANGGCAAAUGAAUAGAUAUUAGGAAGCAUUAAAAUGUUAUGAUUAAGCAAUACAAAAAAACCCUGAAAAUUCAGAUUAUUAUAACAGCAAAGGUUUAUUCAUAAUAUAGAUUAUUAUAUAGCAAUAACCUUAAGACUAUUGAGAAGGAAUAAGGAAGCAUUGGAAUUUCAUAAUUUAGCUAUAGAAAAAAAUUCAGAAAAUUCAGAGUAUUAUAAUGGCAAAGGUAGAAGUAUAAUGUGAGGUUUUUAAGCAACAACUUUAAGGAUGAUGAAUAGAUGUGGAGAAGCUUUGGAAUACUUUGAUUUCGCUAUUCAGAAAAACCCAGAAAAUGCAACAUAUUACUAUCACAAAGGUAUUUUGAUAAUUGCAUACUGAUAGCUGAUACUCUAGAUAUAAUGAAUAGAUCUGAACAAGCAUUGGAAUAUUAUGAUUUAGCAAUAUAGAGAAAUCCUGAAGAUUCUGAUUUUUAUAAUGGGAAAGGUAAAAGUAAGUUGAAUUUGUAUAGCAAUUUCUUUAAGUCAAAUGUGCAGAUAUUAAGAGGCUUUAUUCUAUUAUGACUUAGCUAUUUAAAAAAACAUUUAAAAAGCAGAAUAUUGUAAUAACAAAGGUAGAUAGUAACGUUAAUUUUUGUGUAGCAUUAACUUUAAGAAAAAUGAAUAGAUAUUAAGAGGCUUUAGCAUGUUUGAAUUAUGCAACUCAACAAAAUCCUGAAAAUUCAACUUAUUACUAUCACAUAGGUAUUUUGAUAAUUACAUAAGCUAGCUGAUAUUCUAGAUAUAAUGAAUAGAUAUGAACAAGCAUUGGAAUAUUAUGAUUUAGCUAUAGAGAAAAACCCUGAAGAUUCUGAUUUUUAUAAUGGAAAAGGUAAAAAGUAAAUUGAAGUUAUGUAGGAUUAACAUUAAGGAAUAUGAACAAAUAUGAAGAAGCAUUAGAAUGCUUUAAUUAAGCAAUAAUAAAAAAUCCUGAAAAAGAAAUUUCUUAUUAUAACAAAGGUAUCAUAAUUGAAAACUGAUAGCAAUUGUUUUAUAAUAAAUGAAUAGAUCUGAAUAAGCUUUGGAAUAUUAUGAUUUAGCUAUAUAGAAAAACCCUGAAGAUUCUGAUUUUUAUAAUGGCAAAGGUACAAAGUAAAUAACAUUAUGUAUAGCAUUUACUUUAACUCAGUUGUAAAGAUAUGAAUAAGCAUUAUACUAUUAUGAUUAAGCAAUUUAAAAAAACUGUGAAAGAUCAGAAUAUUUCAAUAAUGCAGGUAAAAUGUAGAGUUAUUUUUGCAGCUUUUACAUUAAGAUAAUUGAGUAGAUAUAUAGAAGCAUUGGAGUAUUAUGAUUUAGCUAUAGAAAGAAACCCAGAAAAUUCAGAUUAUUAUAAUGGCAAAGGUGAAAGUAACUUAUUAUACUGUAGCAUUAACUUUAAAUUAUUUGAAAAGGUACGAAGAAGCUUUGGAAUAUUAUGAUUAAGCUAUAAAGAGAAACCCAGAAAAUUCAGAUUAUUAUUUUAGCAAAUGUAUGAGUUAUUAUGUGUUUUUGUUUAGCAAUAAUUUUAAGGCUUAUGUGUAAGUAUGAUGAAGCUGUGGAAUAUUGUGAUUCAGCUAUAGAAAAAUAUCCAUAAAAUUCUGAUUAUUAAUAUGGCAAAGGUAAAAAUUAAUUAUGUUUUUAUAGGAUUAACUUUAAGACUAAUGUGUAAAUACGAAGAAGCAUUGGAAUAUUUUGAUUCAGCUAUAGAGAAAAACCCAUAAAAAUCAGAAUAUUAUAAUGACAGAGGUAAAAAUGAAGCAUGCUAGUUAUAGCAUAAACUUUACAGCAAUUGAGUAGAUUUGAAGAAGCAUAAGAAUGCUACAUUAUAAUGAAAAACAUAGAAUAAAAAAAAAAAAUAGGUUGAACGAUU